AUUCAGCAGCCAGGAGCGCUUAGCAGCACAUCUCCCUUUGUCCCCGGCGCGGUACCUUGUCCCGGCUGCAUACGGAACACAAACAUACAAGUGGAGCUGGUCAAGUGCUGAUGGUGGUAGGUAGUAAAGGGGAUUCAGAGGACAGAAGAAAGAAGUACAAACUGCAAAGUCACUGCGAUGCUCCGCCAUCGAUUUGAAAGGAUACAGAGGCAGCUGCUGGCUCAGUCCCACAACUGACAGGAAGCAACAGACAAAAGUGUCCUAAGGAGAAUGAACUCAGCCUCACCCACACACAAAGUCCAGAAAGACCACAUGACAUGAUGCUUCCUAGAAAAGGUAGCUACAGCCAGACAUUGAUCUUUGUGCCUGAGCCCAACUCUUGCAAAGAUGAGCCUCAUUGUGCAAACGCAAGUCUAAUGUCUGCCAAAUGGAAGAAGGAGUUAUUCUGAAGAAAAGUUGACACAAUCUAAGUGAUGCAGUGGAGGAAGUGUUGAGGCACGCAACAGGCAAAAAGAGAUGAUCAAGCAUCUUUCACAGUGUUAGACCAACACCCAUACAAACUGGAAGAGAAUUUCCCGCAGAACGUCUUCACUGAUCAGCAUCACCUCAGCUCACUUCGCAAUCUUCUUUACUGCAAAGGGACACCCACACAGCUGCCACUGUAAAAUGUUCUGUGGCUUUAUCUCAAAUGGAAAAAUGUAACUGCUUGAUGUGAUGUUUCUUGAGAUGAGCACAUAUCCGGGAAAUGGUUUAUGGUCUAUGAUCAUAGUUCAUCUUACUUAAAGUUCAGAACUAACUUGCUUGGAACUAGUUAGCCAUUUAGUUUCUAGACUGUAUUAAGAACAGCUUGAGCAUCUCAGUGAGUCAUGAUCAGAGAUAACUGUCUCUUUUGAGGCUGCUGAAGUGAGUGAAACUGAACAAAUUGUUUGUGACCUCCGAAGAAGACAAUGUCCUCUCCUGUGGGAAUAGAAAGUAACAGUCUGGCUCAACCCAUCCCAACACUGACAGUGCUGCCACCAUCCUCAGACACGGAGUCCUGGUCUCAGUCGCCAAGCCCCAGACUAUCCCGGUCCACCCGCCAAAGUCAGUCCCACCGUAGGAAGACCAGAUUCAACAAAUGGUAUGAUGAAGAAGAGAGAAGUUGUUCUCCUAAACUGCAGUGGGAUGAGACACCAGAAAUUUUAAUAGCAGAGGCUGUGGAGACGUGUAUUCAACAGUGGAGCUCCUCACCCUCCCUCUCACUGGUUGCUCAGGAGGAGAGCGGAGAGUCAGGCCAGGACAUUCCUCCACAGGACCUCCUACUGCCGCCUCAAACUCGUGCCUGGUCUCGUAGCCCAUCUCCCAGCCGGCGCUCCCGUUGGUUCCUCAGGAGCUUUCUCGGCAAAGACUCUGAUUGGGACAGCUGCAGUACAGCCAGUAUCUCUCCACGCAGCACCCCCGGCAGCUCUCCUUCCCUGCGGCGCAGGGUUCUUGGGGGAAGCAGGGCCAGUGAGAGUGAGGGAGGCGGAGAAAAGAACAGUGGUGGUGGUGGAGGUGGUUCAGAUGGCGUCCUACCCUCCAUACCCUCUGCCUCCUCCAUCACAUCUGCCUACCCCAUUGCUUCUCGUCACUUCAGCCGCAAUGCUAAGAAAAUGCAGAGCUGGUACAAUGUUCUCAGUCCAACAUACAAACAACGAAACGAGGAUUUUCGAAAACUCUUCAAGAAACUGCCAGACACAGAACGACUCAUAGUAGACUAUUCCUGUGCCCUGCAGAAGGACAUUCUGCUUCAGGGCCGGCUUUAUCUGUCAGAGAACUGGCUCUGUUUCUACAGUAAUAUAUUCCGUUGGGAAACCACUAUCACCAUCUUGCUGAAAGACGUGACAUCUCUGACCAAGGAAAAAACUGCCAAGCUCAUCCCAAAUGCAAUCCAGAUCAGCACUGACAAUGAAAAGCACUUCUUUACAUCUUUUGGAGCCAGGGAUCGUAGUUUCAUGAUGAUUUUCCAACUGUGGCAAAAUGCACUGAUGGACAAGUCUCUGUCUCCAAAAGAGCUGUGGCACAUUGUCCACCAGUGUUACGGCACUGAGCUGGGUCUCACUAGUGAGGACGACGACUAUGUCUCCCCCACCGCUGAACACAUGAAUGGCCUACUGCCAGGAGAUGAAUCUGUUUUGGUCACAGAUCUGUUAGAUCUCAGCUCAGGGUCAAUCCCCUCUACAGGCAGCUCUCCUCCACCUCUGGUGUCCUGCAUGUCAGCCAGCCCGCCCUCAGUCACCAGUCUCUGUGGCUCCUCUCCACCUUCCUCCACCUCCUGCCUGCCUAUAGAGGUGCUCUCCUCAUCUGGUCAGAGACUCAGCUCUGACCCUCUUGAACCCAGCACACCUAGCUGCUACAGCUCUCUUCCAUCUACGACUACGCCCAACACAUCCGCCUCUGCAGCCGCCACAUUUAAUUUGGAAGAGGGUGAGGAUAACCUGGCUGAGUCAUCUAAUCACCUGCUGGUCCUGCCAACAAGCAGCCUGGGAAACCUCUCCUCAUUGGACAUCACUAAUGAUGAGGACCUGCCCACAGAACUCAGCAAUUCCUCUGACACACCAGAAGAGAGUACCGGUGAAGUGCAUUCGUUUUGCUCCAACCUUAGCGGGCGGGUACAGAUCAACACUGUGGUCCGUAUGAGCGUGGACAAGCUGUAUGACCUUCUCUUCUCUGCUGACACACACUUCAUCCGGCACCUCUUCUCUCAGCGACACUUCACUGACCUGUCUGUGGGUGAGUGGCAGCAAGACAGCAGCAGUGGGAAUACCAGCCGUGUGCUUAGCUACACCAUCACCCUCAACAACCCCCUCGGCCCCAAGACAGCCCCAGUGGUGGAGACGCAGACUUUGCACAAGAGCAGCUCGAAGAGUGAGUGCUACGUGGUGGACUCAGAUGUCAUCACUUCAGGUAUCCCCUACCAGGACUACUUCUAUACUAUCCACAGAUACUGCCUCACAUCCAUCAACAAGCACAAGAGCCGCCUCAGAGUUUCCUCAGACAUCUGCUACAGGAAGCAGCCAUGGAGUCUGGUCAAAGCCCUCAUUGAAAAGAACACCUGGAGCGGCAUUGAGGAAUAUUAUAGACACAUGGAGAGUGAAGUGUCCAAACUGGAAACGUUGCUUCAGUCUGAGGUUUCUGUGGUAACCACAGGAGAAGCGGGGGGCCUGGAUGCUGCUAAGACACCACCAUCCCUGCGCCGACGCAAACGCACCUGCUCUCGACGGCAGGGUGAGAGGGAGAGAGAGAGGGAAGCAGGGGGCAUGGGUGCAGGAGAAAGAGGGGAGAGGGGAGUCGGAGAAGAGAGAGACAGAAGAGAAGCCACUGCUCAGUAUAUGAAGCGGGGAGAGCGCUCACAUGCCGGACGCAGCAGUGUAUCCACCAUCCUCCUUAUUGUCAGCUUCAUGAUCUGUAUCAGUCUGGUGGUGCUGGUGGCUCUCAACAUGCUGCUGUUCUACAAGCUGUACGCUCUGGAAAGAGCUGCGCACACCCUGGAGUCGUGGCACUCUUACUCUGUGGCCGACAGUCCUCUGCCACAAACUGCUGGAGAGUGGGCUCAGGUCUUACAGCUCCAGAGACAAUUCCACCAGGCUCAGCUCAAUAAGUGGCAGCAGAUUCUGCAGUCCUCAGUCACGCUGCUGGAUCAGAUGAAGCAGUCUUUAGAAAAGCUCCACCAGGGCAUUGCGGUCCCAGAAGUUCCGCAGGACACUGACACUCUCACAGAGUCCCUGUCUGAGGCCUGAGCCCCUCCAUGUUAAGAAGCUGGGGGUGUUUUCUCAGUCACACAGUCUGCAACGUCCACCAUUUUCAAAUGAAAAAGCAGAACAGAAACCACUUUACUCAAGUCUCCUGGCCUUACUCAUUUCAAAUAUCAGCCCUCAGCCUCAACCAGCAACAACCUCUGGAAACAUUUAGUGAUGUUCUGUUAUGAAGGUGCCAGGUCCACAGCAAUAAUGUGACUACAGCUGUGUGUCCUUCUGUACCGGGCCUCAGGUAAGCCCAUUUGCACCUUCCACUCCCCUCCA